UUUAAAAAAUUUUAAACACUGAACUGGCAAAAUGCAUGGGUCUUCCGGUGGCCAAGGUACUACAAGUACUCUGAAAGUUUUUGGGAAUAUUUUUAUAUCAUUUAUUGGAGCAGGAGUCCUUGGAUUACCCUAUGCAUUCAAGGAAGCUGGAAUACUUGAAGGGAUAAUAAUUAUGAGUACCGUUGGACUGUUAAGCGUUCGUGCAAUGUUGCUUAUUAUUGAUUCUAAGGAUAGAAUUUCCUCAGGGUCAUCAAGAUCUGCAAUUGAUGAUGCAUUUACUAUGGAAAGUGAGACAGCAUUGCUUCCUAAUGGUUCUACAAAAAAGCUAGAAAAAACAAGAAAAGCAGACAAUUCGCAUAAAGAAAUAUGUUACGGCGACGUAGGUUAUGAAGCAUAUGGGAGACUUGGCGCAAAUGUUGUAGACGGAUCUAUUGUUGUGUCACAAGUUGGAUUCUGUUGCGCAUAUUUAAUAUUCAUCACUGAGAAUAUUGCGCAAUAUUUUACCUCAUAUUCUCCUGAAAUUGAUGGGGAACACGAACCGGGUUCAAAUGCACAAAAAAUUGUUCUAGCGUCACUUUUUGUACCUUUAUGCUUUCUAUGUUUUUUGAAGCACUUGCAUAAACUCGCGAUUUUUAGUUUAUUUGCUGACUUUGCGAAUGUUUUUGCCUACACAAUUGUAUUUUGGUUCGACUUUGAGCACGCUGGAAAAGUUAGAAUGCACCCAAAAGAAAUGGACAUUGCUGGACUUCCAUUUUUUGCCGGGAUCGCAAUUUAUUGUUAUGAAGGAGCCGGAAUGGUGCUCUCAUUAGAAAGCUCGAUGGCAAAGGAAGUACGCAACCAAUUCCGAACGAUUUUUAAAUGGACAAUGCUGCUUAUUACAACUCUUUACAUCAUUUUUGGAGUGUGUGGGUAUAUGUCUUUCGGUCCAGAGACAAAUCCUAUUAUUACUUUAAAUCUUCCAACUGGAAUUUUCCCAUUUUUGGUGAAAGGGUGUCUGUGCUUCUCUUUAUUUUUCACAUUUCCCGUUAUGAUGUUUCCUGUAAUUCAAAUUUUAGAGAAACGAAUCGGACUAGAAAACUCACCAAAGAAAGGAAAAAUUUUACGAUCUACUAUGGUUUUGCUGACUGUAAUCAUCGUGUUACUAAUUCCGUCGUUUGCAGAUUUAAUGUCACUGGUUGGCGCCACAUGUUGUAGUUUGAUAGCCUUUAUAAUGCCUGCGAUGUUUCAUCUCAAACUAUUUCAAGGCGAUUUAACAAGGUCACAAAUAUUAUUGGACUAUUUUUUAAUUUUAUUAGGCAUAACUGGAACCAUUAUCGGAACAUUUGAUUCAUUAAAACGAAUGGGAAUCAUUCCUUCAGGACAUGUUGAGUCUGGCGGGACCCAUAAUGUCACAGUACCUUUGGCAUAAACAAAUAGUGUACCUUAGUACUUUUGCACUUAUCUACUCUUUAGUACUCAUGACUUUAAAUCUUUUUUACAUACAUGUAUCUAAUAUUUAUCCUAUAGAUUUUUUGUAAGCUUUGACUCCGAACAAGCCCCCACUAAGGAGAAUGGGCCUACUAACUAAAACAUUCAUAUAUUCUGUCAGAGAGAAUGUAAAAUAAUACAAUUAGGCCAUAUAUGGCAAUUAGGAGGCCUUUUUCUGCAACAUUAUAUUUGGUGGGUGUGUGGCAAUGUUCAACUAACAUUAUUUUUCAACUUUGGAAGUUCAGUAGAAUAGAUUUGACUUUCCUCACAGUAGUUUAUAAGUCUCAACCCCUUUACAAAUAUCGUGCUCCACCGCAAAAAUAACUAGCUAACAAUAAGCUACAAAUAACAGAUAGUAAGGCGAAAGUAUAUUUCAUCCGUUUAUGAAAAAUAUGUGGAUGGAAUCUCAAUAUCCAAAAUAGGGAGGGCAAGAUCAAAUCUAACGUUUUUUUUAAUUAGUUUAUGCCCCAUCAAAAAAUUGUCUACGCCCCCUUUUUUUUUGGGGGGGGGGGGUCCCACCAUUUGAGAACCACUGCAUUUAACGACCUGUGCAUCACAAGCAGAAAAACAACCAAUCUAGACAAAUAACGGUGCUCCAGAAGUAUGCGCACCACCAAGAUGUUGCACAACCUUAAUCCUAACCGGUACAUACAUACUAUAUUCAGGUUGUGCGCCAUCUUGGUGCGCAUACUUCUGAAGGUCCCAAAUAACUACUGAUAAAUUACGUACCUACUGUUAUUUGAAAAAAACAGAAUUUUCCCUUUUCAACAUUGCCCACCGAAUUUACUCUGGUUGAAGUUGAGUGCAUGGGAUCCAAACCUAAGAUCUUGAACUUAGUAUGCCAACAUAGUUACAUUCUGACUGCUAUUAUAGGCUCUUGUUGGCAGAUUAAUUAAGAUAUCAUUUGUAUUUUGUUUUACUUAUAUAUAUUUAAUAAUCUAAAUUUUAUGAAAAUUUAUUGUCAAGUGUCUUAUUUUUUUAAUGUGUUGAAUAUCGCCAGUGUUUGAACUUUUCAUUUAGUGAGGUUUAGACCAGGUUUCUGAAACUUUAAUUAUUCGUGGUCACCUCUCAAAGACUCCCCAACACUCCGUGUAGCCCCCUGAUCUCCUUUAAGAAUACCAGUUUUGCUUUUGACAUUCAUUUCACGCCAUGUUUGAAAAGGAAAAAGACAACAGAUGAAAGCUAAAGAGUGAACGAAUUACGAUCAAAGGAUGAAACAUUGCUCAUUCAAUUUACACUUUGUUAUUGUUGUCGUUCAGAUUGGUUCUUAUUUACAGCAUUUGCUUAUACUCCCUGGAGGGCCCAUUUUGACUAACUUUAAUUAGGACCCAGGUCUCUCAACCUUUGUGGGUUGAUUACAUGCUGCAAGUUUUGAGCUUGAAUACAGAAUUUCUUACAAUAAAAUGGGAUUCACUCU